UGUAACAACAGGACUGGGCGUGUCCGAAUGAGUUUACUUCAGUUGUAACUGAACUUACCGCAGAUGUAGGUCAACGCUAAAUCAGGCUAUUGUCAUUUCAUUUCAUUUUAACUUCAUUCGCUGUGUCAAACGAACGCAGGCGGUCAGAAAGUCUUUUAUGAGUUUAAGAUAUGUUCAGAAGUUUUGUGGAUGUUGAUUCAUUUUGGCGGCUGUUAGCCAGGAGGGACUUGCUUCCAUAUUGCUUCCUGAAGCAGAAACAUGGAUAAGGCCAGUGAUGCUGGGAGCCAGGCGGACCAAGUGGACGCCCUCAAAAUCUUUUCAAAGAGUUUCAGGGGGGGCAGUGAAAAGACUGAGGAGAUGGAGACUGUCCCCGGCAGCAGCAGCAGCAGCAGUAAAGCAGCAGGUGGCGACCCUUACCGCUACAAGAUGGACUACCCCAACAUGGGAACCUGUCUGAUAAUCAACAACAAGAAUUUCCACAGUAGAACAGGGAUGAGUACUCGUAACGGGACGGACGUUGAUGCUGCUUCUGCUAUGAAAACCUUCACUAAACUGGGCUAUAAGGUCAAAAUGGCCAAUGAUCUGACUGUGAAGGACAUGACGAACAUGAUGUCAAGCGUGUCCAAAGAGGACCACAGUAAAAGCGCAUCAUUUGUAUGUGUGUUGCUAAGUCACGGAGAUGAGGGAGUGAUAUAUGGCACUGAUGGCUUAGAAAAGUUUGAAGUCCUGACAAAACACUUUAAAGGAGAUGCCUGCAAGAGUCUGGUGGGGAAACCAAAGCUCUUCUUCAUACAGGCGUGCCGUGGUUCAGAGCUGGAUGGUGGAGCCAUGGUUGAGACCGACAGCGUAGAGGAGCAAAAAAUAGAGAGGAUUCCUGUGGAGGCGGACUUUUUGUAUGCCUAUUCCACCGCUCCAGGCUACUACUCAUGGAGGAACACGCUCAAUGGUUCCUGGUUCAUGCAGGCAUUGUGUGAGAUGUUGCUUUGUCACAGCGGAGAGCUGGAGCUGAUGCAGAUCAUGACCCGAGUCAACCGCAAGGUGGCGCUAAACUUUGAGUCCUCCUCCAACCUACCUGGAUUUAAUGGCAUGAAGCAGAUCCCCUGCAUUGUCUCCAUGUUGACUAAAGACUUUUACUUUCCUCACUAGUCUGAUUUCUACUCAGGGCUCCACUUUAACUGUUCUCUUUCUUUUACCUACAAGAGAGUAACCUGCAAUGGAAAACACAGCUGUAAUGUGAUGAAAUGUACCAUCAGCAUUAGGACAAAAGGGAUUUUAUGAUGAUAAGUAUGUUUUUAGUGUUGGAUCUUUCAGGGAAACCUUAACCACUUUCUGUGAUCAUUAUGAAUGAAUGAAUUCAUAGUAAAUCCCCCUAAAAAGGGCUUAAAAAUGUGAACUUUAAAAAUGUUUGCUACAUGAAUGUACACUGUAUAAGAUGAACGAUUAGUUGACCACACAAUAAAUCUACAAGCACAAAAAGA